UUCAAAUAGAUUUAUUCACUUAAUCAAGUAUAUAUAAUGGCGGAAAAAUUUGAACAGCUGGAAGAGAACUUGGAGCAGUUUAUCGAGAAUGUUCGUCAACUUGGAAUUAUUGCUAGUGACUUUCAGCCUCAAGGCCAGGCAGUUUUAAACCAGAAAAUAAAUUCUAUGAUAACAGGCCUGAAAGACAUAGAAGCAUGUAAAUCAAGUCUACAAGGAGUCAAUAUACCCCUUGAAGUUUUUGACUACAUUGAUGAUGGAAAAAAUCCUCAGUUGUAUACAAAACAUUGUAUUGAAAAAGCUUUAACAAAAAAUGAGGAUGUUAAAGGUAAAAUAGAAAUGUAUCAGAAGUUUCAACAAGAACUUCUUUCACAAUUAUCAACUGUUUAUCCAGAACAGAUGAAUGAAUAUAAGGCUUUAAGAAAGAAUACUUGAAAUGGGAUGCGAUGCCUUGGUCUGGCUAUUGUCUCAGAAUUCCGUUCACAGUCGAAUAUGGGCAUGGUGCUGUCAAUGGAUAUUAUCCACCUCUACGAUAAAAUAUGGACAAACGGAAUGAGAUUAAAGUCACAAAUUCUUCCUUACUGUUCUAGGGACAGUAUCUGAACUGAUGGAAGUUUUGCGUCUGAGGAUAUUUUUGUGAAAAUCCACAAAGUAGUCGUUAUCUUGUUAUAUAAUACUUCCUAAUCUAUUCUACAUAAAUAACAAAAUUAUGAUAUAUAUAAGACUAUUUUCUGUGAUCAAAUUAAUAUUUGUUUGAACAAGAUAAAAUCUGACUUAUAUUUUGAAAGUUUCAAUAUAUAAUGGAAUGGAUAUUGUCAAUGGUUAUGUUAUCAAGCUUGGUUUUCCCAGCAAUUCAACUAACUUACUGUUAUUGCAAUCUGAUUAGAUCAUCAUACAUCACUACUAUGAUAAAUUACCGUAUGUGUAUUAAUUGGGAGGCAAAAACCCAGUAACUUGGUAUAGUACAAAAAAACUGCAUGGCAUUAACCUACCCGUAAAUAUUGGGGGUCAUUUAGAUUUCUGACAUUUGUCUGUCAGAUGUGUCAAUAAUUUACUUAUUUCUUAUCAAGGAAUACCAAACCCUAUUGAAAAUGAUAUCAUUGGCAGGUUAGGAGGGCUCAUCUUAUGGCUGAAUGUAUGUUUUGAUAAUUAAUACAUCUCUCAGACUUAAUGAAAAUAUUCAAUGUUUGAAGUCUUUAUCAUUUUUUCAUCUAAUAAAAUGAUUUAUUUCUGUUUUUCUUAG